AUGGACACCAAAGAUUUUAUAGUUCUUCCAUGGGGAAAACCUGGAAAUUCUGUAAAGCUAAGGUACAAAAAUGCUCGGGAACUGAGAUUGGAGAAGGUACAGUUAGAACUGGAGAACCAACAGAUGGAAAAGAAACUACAGGAAUUCCAAUCAGCUCGGAGCAAAGAGAAGGAAGAAAGAGCGUCAAGUGGAUAUCACUGGAAAUCUGGGCAACUGGGAAAAUUGGGUAAUCAAUCACACAUGAUGUCACAAAAUAAAGGAAAUGUUAUUAAGCUUUCUGCUGGAAAAGUGAAAUUAAAAUUACUGAAGGAGCAACUUCAAGAGCCAGUGAAACAACCACUUAAUUAUAAGAUGGCCAAUCCUUCUGAAAGUGAGAAACCCAAGAUGAAAGGGAAGUUGUGUGGACAGUGUGAGAACAAAAGUGCUCUGCUGGUAUGCCUUGAAUGUGGAGAAGAUUAUUGUUCAGGUUGCUUUGCUAAAAUUCACCAGAAGGGGGCACUGAAGCUCCAUAGAACAACUCUUUUGCAGACAAAAUCUCAAAUAUUGUCCAAUGUACUGGAUGUUGCCCACCAGUUUAUCAAGGAAGUUAAUCCAGAUGAAUCCAAAGGGGUGAAUUGUUCUACAAAAGAGAUUAGGAAAAGUCAGCAUCAGCCUAAACCUCUUCUUCUACAGGGGAGCAACCCUGAGGUAGAAGUCCCAACCACAAAAAGAACAGAAUGUUCAAAUCCAAAAGAUAGGCUUCUACGUGAAGAAGGGUCAUGUGAUGAAGGAGUUUCUGCCCAGCCCGUUCAGGAAGCUUUAAAUCAGCAGAGAACUGGACAUCAUGAUGACAACGAGAAGCAGAAGUUACACACAACGAAAGCAGACUCAUUGGAAGAAUGUGAAGUACAAACUAAUCUGAAAAUUUGGAGAGAACCACUCAAUAUUGAAUUUAAGGAAGACAGUCUAUCCUAUAUGGAAAAGUUAUGGCUUAAAAAACACAGAAGAACUCCACAGGAGCAGCUUCGAAACAUGCUACCAGAUACAUUCAUACCUCAGUGUAAAACUGCUAGUGAGGCAAAGUGUUCCCAGAAUGAAAGUGAUGAAGACAGUGAUGUUGAGGAGACCAAAGUACAACACCCAGCACUUUUUCUGCCAGUAGAAGAAUUAAAGGUAGAGAGACCCGAACCAUCUCUAAAAAUAGUCGAACUGGAUGAUACUUAUGAAGAGGAAUAUGAAGAACCAGGAGACAUAGUGCCCUACAAAGUUGAGUUGGCAGAUGCAGACAGUCAAAAAAGUUGCACAUUUCAUGAUUAUCAGAAUACUUUUCUGUAUGAAAAUGACAUCUAUCAACAUCAUGUUUUCACCAAGGGAAAAACAGACCUCUUACAUCUUCAUCUGAACAACAGCUCUUCUUAUGGUAAAAAUAACUCAAAAGGAGCUUCAAAUGCAAAAUUUGACACCAUCGUGGAUCCUGAUGUUUAUUCUCCUGCCACUGAGAAGUUAGGGGAAAGCAGCUUUUUUGAAAGAAAUUUCAAGGAGAAAACGAUAGAUAUGAAAAGCAAUCAAAAGUCUGAUGAUUCCUGUGUAUCACUUGAGAGCAAGGAUUCUUUGCCAAGUAUAGAUUUAGAAAAACCUUCCAUUAAGGAGCAAUUAUCUGAGGACAUCAAAGAAUCCUUGGAAUUUAGCAAUCUGCAUGAGAGGCCAAACUUUGAAGAUUCUAAAACUACAGAGUCACCACUGUUGUUACAAGAAAUAGCCCUCAGAAGUAAGCCUAUAACUGAACAAUAUCAAGGACUUGAAAGAUUCUUUGUUUUUGAUAACAAUGAAAGACUCAACUUACUUCCUUCUCAUAGCUUAGAAUGCAGCUAUUCCAGUACUAGGAUGACAAUUGCAGGAGAUGGAGAGUGGAUGCCAGACCAUAGCGUAAGUGCGUUUGCUGAUAAUGCAGUUGCCUUGGGUGUUCUGCAGAGUGUCCAGAACCCAUCAAUGAGUAGAACAGAGCAGAAGAUGGGCCAGAUGCCGCAGAGACCUUUAACAGCAAAUUUACCCCUUUCCAGCUCUGUUAAAAAAAGUUCCAGCUGCCUUGUCUCCUCCCAUCAUCGAUCAAGAAGUGCAGCUGCUCGAUCAUUAUCUAGAGCUGCUUCUGAAAUUUCAGAAAUUGAAUAUAUUGAUAUUACUGACCACAACGAGCCUUUCUUAGAUGGCACUGCUGAUCAGCAAGCUUUAGAAAGUUUGGAAAAAGAAUUAAAUAUGCUGAGAAAUCUUGCAGAUCCUUCAGAAAAGCUUUACAGCCUAACCUCAGAAGAAUUACCAGCCUUCAACAACCAUUCGUUGAACAUAAGUCAGACUACACUACAUUUCCGUAAGACCUCAAGUGCAAGAGGCCCCUGCGCAGUUGAGGAAUGGAGCUCUCCUGAAAGAGAUACUGAAACUCAGUCUUUGCUGACACUUUCUGAAAGCAGCACAGAUGAGGAGGAAGAGGAUUUUCUUGACAAGCAACAUGUCAUCACACUACCAUGGUCAUUGAGUGCCUAA